UUUUUUCCCCGUCCAUCAUGGCGGCGGAGGGCUCUGAGGAGAUGAGCGGCAAUGGAGAACUGGAAGAGGCUUCAGCGGUGAGUGUCUCUGAGGUUCCACAGUCGCCUCCGCCUGAGAUGUCCGAGGAGAACGGCAGCGCAGCUGCGGCUCCUGAGGCUCCUGCAGGUCCUCCUGAUCCCGCUUCCCUCUCCGUGGAUCACGCUGCGGAGUACGAGGCAGAGGGAGGACUACCUGCAGAUUUUGAACGCCUGUGGAAGGCCGCGCACGACAAUCCCCAAGACUUCACCAGCUGGACGGAUCUGCUGCAAUACUGCGAGCAUGAGGGUCACAUCGCAGCUUCACGCAGAGCACUGGAGGCCUUUCUUACUCGUUACCCACUUUGCUACGGUUACUGGAAAAAAUUUGCAGACUUGGAGCGCCGUGCCGGUUCCAACGAUAAAGCAGAAGAGGUGUGUAUUCGGGGUCUGCAGGGGAUUCCUCUGAGCAUAGACCUGUGGAUCCACUACAUUAAUCUGCUGCUGGGGACUCUGGACAUGAACCUGCCGGAUUCACCCAGGCGGAUACGCAGAGUGUUUGAGGAUGCCGUUGCAGCAGCCGGUCUGGACUUCCACUCAGAUCGACUCUGGGAUCUGUACGUCGAGUGGGAGAAGGAGCAGGGCAACACGAAGAACGCAGCUGCUGUCCUGGACCGAGUCCUCAAAGUCCCCACCCAGCUUUACAACACCCACUAUGACAAAUUUAAAGAACACCUGAACAAUAAUCCACCUAAAGAGGUGCUCUCCUCCGAGGAGUACGAGGAGCUCAGGUUAUCGUGCCGACAGAGCCAGAAGGCUGAGCGUGCUGAACAGGCUCAGGAGGUCGAGGAGGAGAGGCCGCCGGGGGAGGAAGAGCCGGCCACACCUGAGGGCACGGACUCCGAGGAACUUAUUCAGAAAAUAAGAGAACAGGUGCUGCUCCGUAGAGAAAAAGUGUACCAGGACAACGAGGGAGAAGUUCGUAAGCGAUGGAGCUUUGAAGACGCUAUCAAAAGGCCGUAUUUUCACGUCAAGCCUCUGGACCGCCUCCAGCUCGGGGGCUGGCACUCCUACCUGGACUGGGAGAUCUCGGAGCUGAACAGGGAAACUGAAGAUUCUGCACAAGAACCAAACCAGGAAGCUAUGGAGGAGUCAGAGGUCACAGCCCAGAAUCAGGAAGCAUCAGGGCGUGAUGCGGUGGCCCGCAGCGACCGCAGAGUCCGCAUCCUGUUUGAGCGCUGCCUGAUCGCCUGUGCUCUGUACGAGGAGUUCUGGAUGAGGUAUAUUCAGUAUCUGGAGCCGCAGAGCGCAGAUGAGACCCGAGCCGUCUACAGACGAGCCUGUGAGAUCCACCUCCCCGACAAACCCAACAUCCACAUGCAGUGGGCCACCUUCGAGGAGAGGCACGGUGAGAUGUCUGAGGCUCGGCGAGUGCUGGAGGCCCUGGAGAAAGGCCUUCCCGGUUUGGCGGUGGUACGUCUCCGCAGGGUGACUUUGGAGAGGCGGGCGGGCCAGCUGGAGCAAUCGAUAGCUCUGCUGACGGAGGCGGUGGCAGAAGCCAAAGAAAAGCCCGCGCUGCACGCGUUCUACUCCAUCAAGCUGGCCCGCCUGCUGCUGAGAGUGGACAGAAACCCCAGCCAAGCCCGCAGAGUUUUAAAGGAAGCUCUGGAACUUAGUCCGGAUAACGACAAGCUGCAUUUGAACCUGUUGGAGCUGGAGGCGUCCGGCGACCCCCGGGCCUCAGCCGAGGCGGUGCGGGAGUGUGUGACCCAAGCCCUGGCAGCUCCUCUCACCCCACACACCAAGUUACUCUUAUCACAGAGAGGUCUUCAGUUCGCCGAGGAUUACAGCAGCUCCAUCCAGAGUGUGCUGUCUGUGUACGAGGCCCACCAGAAGCUGCUGGACGAGCUCAGAGGAACCAAGAGGGAAGCUGAAAACGGAGACGAGGAGCCACAAAAGAUGAGCAAAACAGACGAUGGCUCUUCUGCAGCUACGUCAGAACAAGCCCCGCCCACUAUGCCUCACGUUCCCAUCACUACGCCGCCUCCGCCGAUGAUGGGCACCGACAUGAGUGCUCAGGCCGGGUACGGAGCGUACAGCAGCUGGUAUCAGCAACCUCAGUACGGCAGCUACGGGAACUACGGCUACCAGAACACCUGGAACUACAACCAGUCUUAUUAUCCACCCAGUUAAAGAGCUUCAGCUGGAGCCACAUAAACAGACUCAUCACCUGAUAGAACAUAUCCCAUCAUCCCACAGUCGUUUCCUCUGGAUUAUCAGCCUUGGAUUUGUAAAAAAAAAAAAAAAAAAGGAAAAGAGCUCCUAUUUAAUAGAUGUUACAAAAGGACACUGUGAUGCUUAUUUUCAGUAAACUGUCUGCAUUUUAAUCAAUUAUUUUUUUAUUUGUUGGCAAUUCAGCCCCCUUUGUUCAUGUUUUAAAGUCAUCCACAUCCUUCUUUAUUUUAUUGUACAAUUAACGUUAUGUACCAUU